UCUAAUUCAAGAAAAAAAAACCCAUAAACCUCUCUUCGAAAACUUACUUACAUGGCGAUAAAGACUCUCGCAAUUCUCGCAGUUCUAUCUCUCUUGGCUAUAACACUUCCUUUAGCCAUUGCUUCUGAUCCAAGCUCUCUUCAAGACUUUUGUGUCAGCACCAACAGCUCCAUAAAUGGUGUUUUUGUUAACGGGAAGUUCUGCAAAGACCCAAAGCUAGUCACAGAAGAUGACUUCUUCUUCUCAGGGCUUCACCUCCCAAGACCUGUAACUAGUCCUGUUGGUUCAACCGUUACAGCCGUCAACGUUAACAACCUCCUAGGACUAAACACCCUUGGCAUCUCUAUUGUUCGUAUCGACUAUGCUGUUAACGGACAAAAUCCACCUCACACCCAUCCACGUGCCACCGAGAUCUUGAUUGUUGCUGAAGGAACACUUCAAGUUGGUUUUGUAACAUCAAACCCUGAGAACCGUCUCAUCACUAAAACACUCUAUGUUGGUGAUGUCUUUGUGUUUCCAGAAGGACUCAUUCAUUUCCAAGCAAACGUUGGUCAUUCACCAGCGGUUGCAUUUGCAGCACUAAGCAGCCAGAACCCUGGUGUUAUCACUAUUGCUAACACUGUGUUUGGGUCUAACCCAGCCAUCAACCCAAGUAUUCUUGCAAGGGCGUUCCAGUUGGAUCCUAGGAUUGUCAUGGAUCUACAGGGCAAGUUCAAGAAAUAAUAAUAUUGUAAUUUGAUGGGUUUUUUUUCAUUUGAUGUACUUCUGUCUAAAUAAGGAUCUUGUAUCAUGACAUCUUGCUUUUUACGUGGAUCAAAUUCUAAAUAAUCAUGUUUUUUUUUCUUCUAAAUAUUAUGUAACGUCACUAUUGACAUUUACGAUAAA